AGAGAGGAGAGAGAGAGGAGAAAUAUAACACACCAUUUACAUCUCAGAUAGAAGAUAAUAAUACCAUAAAGGAUAUGGGGUGUUUUUCGUGUUCUCAAAAGUUAGUAAGGCGGGUGGAGAAGGAAAAGACAAGCGAUCGUUCACAAUCCAGCUCAGAUCAGCUUAAAAGUGCAACAAAGGAAACAAGAUUGGUUAACAAAUCUGUGGAUGAUGAACAUAAAGAUACCAAAAAGGGUUCUAAAUUGGUCAAGAAUGCUAAGAAAGUGGCUAGUAUAACCAAAGCAAAGUCAUUUACAUUCGAUCAAAUGAUAGAAGCAACAGAAAACUUCAGAUCAGAUCUAUUGUUGGGUGAGGGAGGUUUCGGUAAGGUCUACAAAGGGAUGUUAGAUAACCAGGUUGUAGCUAUCAAGCAACUUGACCGAAAUGGAUUACAAGGGAUAAGAGAGUUUGUCGUGGAAGUACUCACUCUAAGUAUGACUGAUCAUCCUAAUCUUGUUAAACUAAUUGGUUAUUGUGCUGAAGGUGAUCAGAGAUUGUUGGUCUAUGAAUACAUGCCUCGAGGAUCACUAGAAGACCAUUUACAUGGUCGUCGAUCAGACAGAAAACAGCUGGACUGGAAUACGAGAAUGAAAAUUGCUGCAGGUGCUGCAAGGGGUUUGGAAUAUUUGCAUGGAAAGAUGAAAUCACCUGUUAUAUACCGUGAUUUGAAGUGCUCCAACAUUCUUCUAGACGCAGACUUUAAUCCCAAACUCUCUGAUUUCGGUAUGGCAAAAGUUGGUCCGAGUGGGGACAAGACUCACGUUUCAACCAGAGUUAUGGGUACAUAUGGAUAUUGUGCACCCGAUUAUGCAAUGACCGGUCAACUCACAUUUAAAUCUGAUAUCUAUAGUUUUGGAGUUGUUCUAUUGGAAAUCAUUACAGGAAGGAGAGCAAUGGAUGAGACAAGACCUCAUGGUGAAAGAAGUCUUGUUGGAUGGGCACGGCCUUUGUUCAAAGAUAGGAAGAAGUUUCCAGAGAUGGCAGAGCCAGCUCUUGAAGGUAAAUACCCAAGAAGAGGAUUGUAUCAAGGUCUAGCAAUUGCAGCAAUGUGUGUUCAAGAAAAGCCCAAUUUACGUCCUGUUGUGGUUGAUGUCGCCACUGCUUUAAAUUACCUUUCUUCCCAAAUAUACGAUGACACUCAAAGUUCGAGAAGGACAUCAGUGACAUCGUCUCCAGAAACAGAGAAUCGAUUGGCAGAUGUUCAGCAGGAAGAUGUGAAGAAGAUGGAGGACUGAAAUGAACCAUCUAAUAAUGAUAAUAAUAAUAAUACAAGCAGAUCAACAUAAUGUCCUAAAAACACAGCUGCGUUUUUAACCUGCGUUACAAGUGUGUUUACUCACUAUGGAUAACAUUUUGAAUUAGUGAAACCUUAAAUCAUCCUAUGUAGUACUUUGAUGA